AGCAGACUGCGGGAACAGAACCGACAACCUCUGAACGGACCUGAAACCUGGACCCGUGACCUCUGACCUCUGGGCUCCCGUGGAUUUAAAGCGAGACGGCAGAGCGGCGGGAAUGUCCCGGCUGCUGGACGGCAGGUCGAGACAGGACAGGAUGAAGGAAAUUAACUUAAAGAACAAGGAGAAGGAGCGUCUGAAGGAGCGGGAGAAGGAGGCGCGGGAGCGCGACGCUCGCUUCAGUAACGGCCACCUGUUCACCUCCCUGAGCGUCUCGGCCACCACACUCUGCUCCUCCUGCAACAGGAGCAUCACUGCCAAGGAGGCACUGAGCUGCCCCGGUUGUAAUGUCACCAUCCACAACCGCUGCAGAGACAGUUUGGCCAGCUGUGCCAAGAUGAAGCAGAGGCAACAGAAGCUGGCGAUGGUGAGAAAUAAUUCAGCUCUGCAGAAUGUCGCAAUGAGGACCAAGACUCCCACCCUGAAGGAGCGUCCCAGCUCGGCGAUCUACCCGUCUGACAGUCUGCGUCAGUCUCUGCUGGGGGCGAGACGGGUACGCUCCGGCCUGUCGCUCGCCAAGAGCGUCUCCACCAAUAACAUUGCAGGGGUCAGUGAUGACUCGGUGGGGCUCAGGAGGAUUCUGUCUCAGUCCAGCGACUCUCUGAACUUCAGGAGCAGAACCCUGUCCAUGGAGUCUCUGACUGACGACGGGGACUGGUUGUGCUCCUCCAUGCUGGAGGAGGUGCAGCAGCAGGGCGGCGGCGUGCAGGCAGACAGCUGGAGUCUGGCGGUGGAGCCAAGCUUCCUGCAGACGCUGCACAAAGACGAGAUCAAACGGCAGGACGUCAUCUACGAGCUGAUUCAGACAGAGUUCCAUCACGUGCGGACGCUGAGGAUCAUGGAGGUGUUCCGGCGAGGGAUGCUGGAGGAGGUGAUGUUGGAGCCGGGCGUGGUGCACGCCAUCUUCCCCUGCCUGGACCGCCUGCUGGAGCUGCACAGUCACUUCCUGUCUGAGCUGUUGGCCCGCCGUCGCCUCGGCCUGGUGGGAGACAGCCAGAGCAACUUCACCGUGCGGAGGCUCGGAGACCUGCUGCUGAGACAGUUCUCAGGUCAGCCUGCAGACGACAUGAAGAAGUUGUACUCUGAGUUCUGCAGUCGACAUCCCAAAGCCGUCAAACUCUACAAAGAAGUUCUGGCCCGAGAGAAAAGACUGCAGCUCUUCAUCCGGCGGGUGAGCCGGGGGCCGCUGCUGCGUCGCCAUGGCGUCCAGGAGUGCAUCCUGCUGGUGACACAACGCAUCACCAAGUACCCGGUCCUGAUCCAGAGGAUCCUCGACAACACCAAGGGCUGUGAGGAGGAGGUGCAGGCUCUGAGCCGCUCCCUGCUCCUGCUGAAGGAGCUGCUGAGCCUGGUGGACCAGGAGGUUCUGGAGCUGGACCGGACGCGGCGGCUGCAGGAGAUCCAGGCGCGUUUGGACCCCCGGGCGGAGACGCAGGUUCGGGGCGGCAGCGUGUUCCGGGGCGGGGAGCUGCAGAGGAGGAGGCUCCUGCACGACGGGACGCUCCUCUGGAAGACCCAGAGCUCCAGGAUGAAAGAUGUCCAGGUCCUGCUGAUGUCAGACAUCUUGGUUCUCCUGCAGGAGAAAGAUCAGAAGUUCACCUUCCCCUCGCUGGACAAGUCUCCAGUCAUCUCUCUGAGCGGGCUGAUAGUGAGGGAUAUAGCCAAUCAGGAGCGAGGGAUGUUCCUGAUCAGUGACUCCGCCCCUCCUGAGAUGUACGAGCUUCACGCCUCGUCCCGAGACGACCGGCGCACCUGGAUGAGCCUCAUCCAGCAGACCGUGCACAGCUGUCCAUCCAGAGAUGAGUUCCCUCUGAUUGAGACCGAGGACAAAGCCUUACAGCGCCGCCUCAGAGCUGACAUCCAGCAGAAGGACCGGGAGGUGCUGGAGCUCCUGCAGGAGCGAGUCACGCUGUUCUCUGACUUGGUGGAGGCCACAGGGGGCGGAGCCACCGGAGGAGGCGGAGCUCCGGGCUCCAGGAACCUCUUCAGAGCCGACACGCCUCACGCGCCGCAGGCCGAGCACCUGCUCACCACCGCCAUCUCUGAAGUCGACAGGUUGACCGAGUUGUUGUUGGGCUCCAACAUCGAACGUUCCUCCGUCACCAACGGCAACCAGGAACUGAGCAAUGGCGAGCCCGUCUCUCUGAACGGUUCCUGUGAGGAAAACGCAACAUCAGUGAAGGACAGAAAUGGAAACCAGCUGCAGGAGCGCUCGCUGAAGGAGGAGGCGUGUCAGAGGCUGGUCAGCCUGAGCGGCCAGCUGCACGCCCUGCAGGCUGCUGUGAUUCGUCAGGACUCCAUCCUUGAGCUGUCAGUCAGCCUCAACCCCACCCCCUCAACUCCAGGCUCCGCCCCUCCCCGUGUAUGUCGCUCUGUAUCUAAAGACACAGGGUUUGAUGUGGUGGCGGGCGCGGCGGUGGGCGGGGCAGCGGUGGCGGGCGAGGUGGCGGGGCUGCGGCGGCAGCUGGAGCUGAUGCAGGACGAGGUGAAGCGGCUGAGAGAGAGAGAGAGAGCUCGACUGGAGGACGAGCAACGCGGCAACGGAGACAACAGUGAUGUCAUCACAGGGGAGCAGACGACCAGAAGGCGUGGCAGCAGGGACCUGGAGCCCCGCCCCCUCGCCCCAUUGGCCAGCCGGGAGCCGGAGGAGGAGCUCGACGGCGUGCAGGAAGAGGACGAGGAGGUCAGGAUCUCUCCUCGCUCCGACAGCCCCAGAGACCUGCAGGACAUCCCGGAGGAGAGCGAGUGUGGUCCAGAUCCCAGUUAACAGCAGAUCGUCACUCCAGUCUCAUCAUUUCACACACACACUCACACACACACACUCACACACACACACACACAACACUACGAGACCUGUGAUGAUGUCACAGUGAUGUCACAGACACGUCGACAGCAGGAUGACCCGUCACGUCUCAGAGCGGCGUGUCUGGACUCUGAUGUCACUUCCUGUUCCAGUUUUCCUGCAGAGGCUGAUCUGAGGUCAGCCGAGUCCGUCCAGAAGAUCUGAAUCAUGUCAACAUGUCCUCACAUCACAAUGUUAUUAUGGUAUGAUGUCAUAAUGUUGUAAUGCUACAGUGUUAUAAUGUUAUCACAUUAUCAUGUUAUGUUGUCAUAAUGUUACUGUAAUGACCUGUAAGGGGAGGGGGGGGGGGGGGGGCCGUCCUGCUUGUUCAUUGGCUGUCGGCCACAUCAUGGAGACCAAUGAGAUGACUGGCAACGAGCAGCCAAUCAGACUUUGACCACCAUCGAUCAGCUUUACUGUUUUCCAGCUGGAGCUCACAGCUCCACGUCACUGCGUACCGUUUCCAUGGUGACGACGAGGGCUGAAUGCGGCAAGCAGGUGACAGCAGGUGAAUAGACAGCUGGCCCCGCCUCCUCCGUCUGCAGGCCACAUGGACCAAUCAGAACCAAAGCUGUGGAGCUGUGGGGGGCGGAGCAACACUGGGCUCCUGUUAGCCUGUUAGCCUGUUAGCUUGUUAGCCUGCUAGCUUGACAGAGGUGAAUCCACAGAGCACAUUUGUAUUUCAGAGUAAAAGUCCUCAGUAACCCUCAGAAACACUCAAGCGACCAGCAGGGGGCGUAUCUGACCCCAGACCAGCUUUUAUUCACAUCUUAAUGGUUAUUUCAUUGAUCCUUCCAAAAUGUUUUCACUUUGUCAGUCAGUUUGUCUCCAGUAAAUCUGAACGUUGUUUUACGACGGUCAUCACAUUCAUGCUCGUCCACGUUUCUGUGGGGACGAGAGAUCACGUGACACAGGAACACAUCAUCUUCCUCACACAAACAGCGAAGCCCCGCCCACGGAUUGGGGCUGUCGCUUGAGGGUUAAACAGGAAGUGAUGUAACAGUGAUGUCACACGGAGAAACAUGAGGAAACUGUGUGUCACAUGACUGAAGAUCAGUGGAAAUGUUUUAGUUUUGUUUUUAUUCGUUUGUUCAUUUUAAUGAGAAAUCAUGAUUCAGUGAGUUCAGUCUCCCAGCAUGCACCUGGCCCGCGCAGCUCGCCAUGCGUCACAUGUCCUGUGUGGUGGUAGUUAGAUGUUAGUUAGGCGUUUCACUGAACAGAACCACAGCUUCUGUUUGUUUAUGCUAGACUUUACAAACUAAAGGGACAGUCUGUAUAAAUGUUUGAACUGUUCUGGAGACAAAAGAAAAAACUGUAAAUGAUCCGUUUUGUAAUUUUAUUGCCUUUAUCUUCUGACGUCCUGUACAUGUGUGCUCUUUAUAAACUUAAU